AUGGAAGAGACAUCGCGUGACGAUGCUCCGCGAGCCGUGGACCCUGAUCUUAAGUGGUCCUCUCCUCCUGUAGCUCCAGAGAUCUCCCCUUCGGUUCCGCAGCUUGCCGAAGCGGAGGGCGAUAUGCCCGCAUACGGCAGGAAGGAAGACGGGGAAAGCCUCAUACUGCCAGUGCUGGGAAGUGACGCGCCAUGCAGCUUUAACGAGUUGCAGGAAAUGGGGGGUACGCCGCCUUCCGCAACUCCCCCACGUGCAGAUGCCCAGAAGACACCCUUUGGGGUCCACCGCUAUGUGCUGCUGGCAGUGUAUAUUAUAUACGUUGCUAUAAGCGCAAGAGUGCUCUUCGGGUGGCCCCAUCUGUCGAAUAUGUUGCUGGAAGAUGGUGCGUACAGCUGGCGGUGCAAGGGGGAGCCGUUGGUGGACGGGAGGCGCUAUAAAUGCUUGCGCCAAGAUUCGGCAGUGCAAACGCUGUUCACGAUCGGGGUUGGCGUUUCCUUUUCCUGUUCUUUGAUUUCGGGGAUGCUGCUGGACUGGGGAGGUCCGAAGCUGACGGCUUGUAUUGGGCAGCUUCUGUCGACCCUUGGCUGGGUGCUCCUGGCAUUUGCGAACGAAGAGCGCCAGCUGUACAUUCCCGCCAUCGUCUGCAUGGCGAUGGGCGCGGAUGCGGGGUAUUUGCCUUCGAUGAAUAUUGCAAAUCUGUUUCCUGGGUACGAGCAGCUGGUGAUCGUUCUGGUGUGUGCGGCGAUGAGCGCGAGCUUCAGCGUGUCUGCCUUCUUGGAUCUCAUUGUGCGAUCCAGUCCGUCCACGAUGAACUUUCGAAAGAUAUGCCUGCUGUAUGCAGGGGUGGGGUCGGGGCUCAGCUGCCUCCUGGCGCUGCUUUUGAUGCCUAGAAGGCAGUAUCUCGCGCAAGAGGAGCUAACGCGAGCUUUUUUGAAGCAAGCGGAAACCACCACCGCCGGGCAGAGCAGCACCCGCGACGAUGAAACUGAGUCUGGAUCAAAUGGCAGGGGACGUGGGCGAAGUGCAGAAACUGGGGAGGCUGUCACAACCUUCCGCGCGCAGCUCAUGACGCCGCAUUUUAUCAUCAUGCUUAUCUACUGGCCCUUGAAUGCCCUCUUUUACAAUUUUUAUUUGACUUCUGCAGAAAACCUGUUUGGCAAGGAGGUGAACAAUCUGAUCGGGAUCCUCGGACCGGUGUCUAUUGUGCCGUCCAUCCUGCUGGCCUUCCUGGCGGAGAAGUGGGGCGUUAUGGCGCUAAUACUUUUUAUCAUCUGCAGCGGUGUGGGCAUGUACGCGUUUGCACUCAUGCCUUUCAAGGCGGCGCACUACAUUUCCCCCGUUUUCUCCUGCCUUUACCUCUCGAACUUCAGCGGCCAAAUGUACGCCUACGUCGGCGACACCUUCAGAAGCUCGGAUUUCGGGCGGAUCGUUGGCAUCAUCAGCGUGUGCGGAGGCCUAGUGGGGUUUCUCCGCGUUCCGCUGAACGAUGAACUGACGCUGCGAUACUUCAACGCCAACUACCGAUACACCUGCGCACUUAUGCUUGGCGUCACCGUCUUCUGCCUCGGCCUGGCCCUCGUGCUUUUCUUUGUCAAAAAGAAGCGGGAGAAGGCGUAUCUGUAA